AAAAAUUUCUGUGUCUUGAAUUUUAUUACUUCUUACUAAAAUUUAUGAAAAACUCGUGUUAAACCGUUGUUGAGAAAUAUUAAGUCUGUUCUGUUUUAAUGUUUUAAUUUUUAAGAGUCUGGUUUUUUUCUCCAUUUUCUUGACAAUUUAAUUCUGAGGUGGAUCGUUUGAAUACUGCAGAUUUAGGCUAGAAAAGGGCAAAGGCUGUAUUUUUUCAGUGACAAUUUAUUAGAAGAUUGACUUUUAGCGUGCAAUUUUGCUAAGUAAAUGCAUGGAUGGAAGAGAAGGAAUGGCAUUACCGGGCUCCUCUCCAUAUUACCUCAAUAGAGGUGGAAUAGGGGUCUCUGGUGGUUCGGCACCUGGUUCUAAUGCUGCCGGUGGAGUGUCCAGUACUUUACCGGCUGGCGUUGCUAUGCACUCCUCACCGGGCUUCAAUCCUGUUUCGAAUCCCAACAUUCAAUUGCAACCCAAUGUAGGUGCUAGUGGUGCCAUAAGUGGUUCAACAUUCAAUCUUGAGAACAAGUCUCCCAAUUUCCCCCGUAGCAUUACCAAGGGUGAUUUCUCUAGCACGUCGACUAGUGGUGAUUCAGUGAAGAAGAAGAGGGGUAGGCCUAGGAAAUAUGGUCCUGAUGGGGCUAACAUGACAUUAGCAUUGUCCUCAAUGCCCGUGGCCACACCUUCCACAGGAGGGAUCACUCCGAGUGAGAAAAAAAGAGGGCGGCCACCGGGGACUGGAUGGAAGCAGCAGCUGGCUCCUCUUGGUGAAUGGAUGAACAGCUCAGCUGGACUGGCUUUCACGCCGCAUGUCUUGCACAUUGGAGUUGGAGAGGAUGUUGCAGCCAAAAUAUUGGCAUUCGCACAACAAAGGCCGAGGGCUUUAUGCAUCUUGUCGGCUAAUGGGUCUGUUUCUUCCUUGAAACUGCGACAACCUACCACCUCUAGUGGCACUGUUACAUAUGAGGGCUGUUUUGAGAUAUUAUGCUUGUCGGGUUCUUAUUUGCUUGCUGAAAGUGGUGGUCCUCGCAACCGGACUGGUGGUAUAAGUAUUUCAGUUUGUAGCCCCGAUGGACAUAUCAUCGGUGGUGCUAUUGGUGGUAACCUCAUUGCCGCAAGUUCAGUGCAGGUGGUUGCAUGUAGCUUCGUAUAUGGUGGUUCAAAGGCAAAGAACAAAACAGAGUCCGGACCUAAAGAUGAAAAGAAUCCUGCAGAUGAUCCUGCUGAGAAGUCAUUAACCCGAGUUAGUGCUGCCCCGAGUCAAAAUCUCACUCCAAUUUCUGCGACUGGUGUUUGGUCACAAGAUUCACGUCUUGAUAUGAAAAAUUCUCAGACGCAGAUUGACUUAAUGCUCGGGUGAUACAAGCUACAACACAUACAUGGUAGUUUUUGUAUAUUGUUGUAUAUUUGCAUUUGGGAAAUUAGCAAACGCAAAUAUUCAGUCUGUCCUUUCGGUAGAUUGUGGGUCAUGCUAACAUAUCGUGUAAUAGAGUUUGAGUACUAGGUUCCUAGGUAGCAAUGGUAGGGUUGUUGGAACUGAUAGGAACUAUUAAUAUUUCUAGCAGGUUAGGUGUGUUAUGAUUUCUUUAAUUGGGUCUCCACAAUUUUAACCUGAAUCUUUAAUUUGUAGUACUAUUUGGUGAUGCGUUAUUAACUUGGAAUUGGCACGAAAAGGAGUAGCUAUGCAA